AUGAGUGAUAAAUAAAAAAAAAAAGAAGAUGGAGAACUUUCUGGUGAAGAGGAUGAGUACAAAUCUCCUAAAUAGAAAAAAUCUGAUAAAGACGAUAGAAAAAAAUCAAAAAGAAGCUCUCGUUCACACAGUAGUAGACGCACAAACGAUAAAAUUAGCGAUUCUACUAAGUCUAACAAGAAGGAUAAGGAUCAUAAAGAUUCAAGUAGAAGACGUUCAAAAUCAAGAAGUAAAGAUCGUAAAGAUUAAUAAAAGCGCAAGUAUUCAAGGUCUCGUUCUCGUUCAUACCCAAAUGAUCGUAAUGGUACAAAUUCUAAGAAAGAUAAGGACAGAGAUAAUGCAAAGGAAAAGGAUAGAAAGCGUAGUAAAUCUCCUACUAAAGAUAAAGAUAGAAAAAAUGAUCGUAAAAGAAGUAAAUCACCUAGGAGUAGUAAUAAUGGUAAAAGAAAAAGCAGUCGCUCUAAAUCCCCAAAAAGAGAAGACAGUCGUAGAGACAAAGAUUCCAAAUCAGGCUAUAGAGAUAAUGAAAAGAAAUCAAAUUAUGGUAGUAAUAGGGAUAGAGAAUCAAGAAGAUCAGAAGAAAAUAAUACAAGAGAAAGCAAAUAGUUGACUUUAGAGGAAGAAGAAGAACGAAACGAUAGAUAUUAUAAUGAUUUUGAUGAUAGCGACUCAGAUUACUAUCAAAGAGUAAACGAUCGUAAAUAUAAGUCAAGUAGACGCAGUAAGUCUAGGAGUAAAAAUAGAGAUCGUAAAAAAUCAAAAAGCAAAGGUAGAAAAGAUGAUAAAAACAAAGAUAAGGAUAAAGAAAGAAGUAAAAAUAGUGGAAAUGGGGAUAAUAGCAAAUCAUCUAAAGAUAAAAAGGAAGAAGAGGCUAAAAAAGCUUAACAACCUGAGACUAUUGAUGACGAUGAGGACCUCAAUAUGGAAAUAGAAGAUUCUGAUGAUGAGAGAGAGAGAAAGAAACAAGAGUUUCUUAACAUGAUAAAGGUUCAAGGAAUGUAGAUGUAAAAGCAAGAAGCUAGCCAAACUUUCAGUAAGGAAAAUAAUCAGAAUAACUAAACACAAAAUAAAAAUGAUCAAGAUGUUGUUGAUGAUAAAUUGAAAGUUAAGGAUUCAGAAAACCUUGAAAAUUAAAACUUCGCAGACGAAAAUAGCGAAGAGUAGCUUUUCGAUGAUACAGGUUUGAAUCCAAAUGAUGUUUUAGAUGAUGACGACGUCAAUAUUGCAAAUACAAUUAACGAUGAUUACAAAGAGGAAGUUGAUGAAUCUCAUUCAUUGACACAUCGCCAUAGUAUCGAUAAAGCAUAACUAGACCAUUUAAAAUUUCUUGAAGAUAUGCGUAAUUAAGAGAUAAAGGGAGGUAUCCCAGAUAUGCCAGAAUAACCAAUUUUGAAGCAAAAAAGAAAAAGUAUUAAUAGUGAAAAGCUUGAAGGUAAAUUUAGUAACAAUGAUUAAUUAGAUGAAGAGAAUAAAUUACAUAAGCUUGAUGAUUAAGAAGAUUCAGAAGAGGAAACGGAUAUGUUUGGUGAUGACAUCGACAAAAUCAUUAACAAAUCAAAUGAUGGAAAACUUCAAAUUGUUAAAGGAGCUAAUGCAGAAUGUGAUGAUGAAUAAAACUAUUUCAAAAUAUUAAUUGGAGAGGUUCUUAAUGGAAAAUACAGAGUCAUUCAAAAAUGUGGUAAAGGUGUUUUUGCUAAUGUGUGUAAAGCUGAGUAACUCGAUAAUGGAAAAAUGGUUGCUAUUAAAAUUUUACGUAGCAAUGAGAUUAUGCGUGAUAGUGGAGAGCGUGAAAAAGAAAUUAUUUAAAAGUUAAAUUUAAAUGAUAAAAAUGACAGAAAGCACAUCGUUCGUCUUAAAAACGUUUUUGAGCACCAAAAGCAUAUGUGCCUUGUUUUUGAGUGUUUUGCUAUGAAUCUUCGUGAUGCUUUAAAAGAAUAUGGCAAAGGAAAAGGUUUUAGUUUAGACGUUGUGCGCUCAUACGCUUACUAAAUCUUUGUAGCACUUACUCAUUUAAAGAAAAAUAAUUAUAUUCAUGCAGAUCUUAAACCAGACAAUUUACUUAUUUCAGAAGAUACAAAAACUUUAAAAAUGUGUGAUUUUGGUACAGCCUUACCAAUAGAAGAAAAUGGUAUCAUUAAGUAUCUUCAAAGUCGUUUCUAUCGUGCUCCAGAGGUAUUAAUUGGUUAUCCUCCAUACAAUUAGAUAGACGUAUGGAGUGUUGGUGUGACUUUGUAUGAAAUAUAUACUCAAAAGAUAUUGUUUGAUGGAUCAACAAAUAAUGAAAUGCUAAAAUUAAUUAUGGAUUCAAGAGGUAAAUUUAACAAAAAAAUGCUUUAAAAUGGCAAAUACGUUGAAGAAUACUUUGACUAAAACUAUAAUUUCAAGUACACAUAUGUAGAUAAACAAACAAAUUAAAAAUAUACUACUAUAAUUACAUAUGGUGAUAUCCCUAAAAAAGAUAUUUACAGAUUACUUUAAGAAAAUAAAGAUGGAAUUAAUUUAGAAAACUAAAAGAAACUCUCUCAGUUUAAAGAUUUUUUAGAUAAGUGUCUUUAACUAGAUCCUAAAAACAGAAUAACUCCUGAAGAAGCACUUGAACACCCUUUCCUUAAAUUAAAUACUACUAACCCUACAAAGCCUAAAUGA